AGCCGCUGUUCUCUGUUCUCGCUCUUCGUGAUCUCGCGAGAAGUCGUCAACUAGUUUCCGGUGUGCUGUUUGUGUACUCGAGGAAGGAGACGGCACCGUUGUUCUUUCGGGCAGUCUUUUUGUCACAUUAUCGAGUAGCUAACAGUAUUUAUCAACUAAGAGCCUUCAUACAAAGAUGUCGGACGACUUGGUCAAACAGUUAAGCAACUACAAAGCUCAGCUACAACAAGUGGAAGUUGCCUUAUCUACCGACCCGGACAAUGAAGAUCUCCUUAAACUCCAGAAAGAUUUACAGGAAGUCAUAGACUUAACAAAAGAUCUCCUGACGUCUCAACCCGCGGAAAGUGCUUCCAGCACCAAUGGCGCAGAAACAGUUCCUGUUAAGCUCGGCUGGAAAGUGGGGGACAGGUGUAUGGCUGUCUGGAAUCAGGACGGACAGGUGUAUGAGGCCGAGAUUGAAGAGAUAGACCGGGAGAAUGGCACUGCAGCUGUUACCUUCGCUGGAUACGGGAAUGCUGAAGUGAUUCCUCUCCAGAACCUCAAAGCAUCGGAAGAGGGGAGACGUUCUGAUGAGGAAGGGGGUGGCAAGCCGAAAUCAAGGAAAGAGCAGAUAGCAGAGCAGAGAGAAUAUAAGAAGAAGAAAGCCCAGAAGAAGGUCGCGAGGAUGAAGGAGCUGGAGCAAGAAAGGGAGGAGCAGAAGUCAAAGUGGCAACAGUUCAACAACAAAGCCUACUCAAAGAACAAGAAAGGACAGGUAAAGAGGAGCAUAUUUGCAUCUCCAGAAAGUGUAAACGGAAAGGUGGGAGUAGGAACAUGUGGUAUUGCAGACAAGCCCAUGACCCAGUACCAUGACACGUCAAAAUACAACGUCAGACAUCUAAUGCCCCAGUGACCUGAUUUAUUAUGUAUAAAAUAAUCCACUGAAUACAAGCUGUAUCGGUGCUUUCCAUUGUGUUUAUACAUGGUUUAAGUUUCUCAAGUAAAGAAAGCUUCGAAAGGAAUUGCUUGCACACCAUUGUUUGAAAUAUUGAUGUAGUUUUCUUAUAUAUUAUGUAGGUACAGCAACAAAAAUCCAAAUGGAGAGGAUAUAAGCCUUUCCUGGAACGCCUGUUAUGUGAAAACAGGCAGUGAUGUUGUUGAACAGCAGUAGAGUUUACUUGUUGGUGUCCAGGUUUCACUGAGGCCAAAUACCUGCUAAGAUGUGUAUAAAGAACCAUCUGUAGAGUAGGUGUGGAAAUUCCAGGCUGGCUCGUUACACACUGAGUAUUUAUAAUGAUGGUGAUUUGAGAUGGCUGAAUUUACAUUUUAAUUUCUGUAUAUAUACAACAGCGAAAUAAACAUUGUUUUGUUUUCAGUUUUUUUAAUGUAAUUGCUUCCACUUUUUUUUGCCUGUUUCAGAUUCUAUAUAUUUAGGCUGGUCCUGUCAGGUCCUGUAGGUGGCAGUAAACAUUUGUACCUUUUUGUUAAUACAUCCAUUUCUUGAGCAGGAUGCUGAAAAUGUUAAUACAACUCAUUUUUUCAGU